AUCGUCGACUGGUUCGUGUUCGUAACACAGAAUUAUCCAGCAGUUGAAAAAUUUUCUUUGUACUUUCCGUAUUAACAGAGCGAUAAAUCAACAACAGUUGACACGAUGUCGGCCUAUAAGAUGGAGACCGCCCCGUUCGAUCCACGUUUCCCCAAUCAGAACGUGACCAGAUAUUGUUACCAAUCCUAUUUGGAUUUCCAUCGCUGUCAAAAGAAGCGAGGCGAGAACUUUGCCCCUUGCAACUAUUUCAAGAAGGUCUACAAGACGAUGUGCCCCAACGCCUGGGUGGAGAAGUGGGACGAUCAGCGCGAGAGCGGCACCUUCCCCGGUCGCAUCUAAAUAAUGUAUAUAUAGGAAGUUACACUCUACCUACCUACCAACCUACUCCUACACAAUAACAACAACAACAACAACAGCUAAAUUAUGCUAGUUUAAAAAAGAGAACAACAAAACGUUUGGGAAAAGGCAACAAAAUACAAAUUGUUACAAUUCAAUUCAA